CCUUUAGCGCUAUUAUAUAAUAUGGAAAUCCCUUGAUACGGAAAUUCGUUAUCUGUUCUCCUGAAGUUCCCGCGGAUUUAGGCUGCGACAGCAGCUCAUGCGGGUAUUCGUCAACAGUAUUUCGCCGCAGAGCCUUAAUCUGUGCCCACGCCUUCUAAGCACUUUGACUACGGCUAUCGCUUUUAGGCCUAUCACUCUCGCGCUUAGGCCGCCAGUUUGCGUCACCGCGGCUGCCAGACGUCGUGUCCAGCACCGCAGUUUAGACCUCUCAGCAACAACUCUGCCCCACUGCAAAAUGGAGGCUGAAGCUGCUGCAGCGACAGCGACACAACCGCCGUUGAACGGCGCCGAUGUCGCCUCCACAUCAGGGCGCGAAGUGCCUAUCCUUGACCGGGACUCCUUCAAGCAAAUUCUUAACGUGUUGGCGCUGCGGGUGCCCAACCGCAAGUGCUCCGAGCUCAUGAAGGCGUUUCGAGGGUACACGCUGGACCGUCCCAAACUGCGCUGCAUUGUUUCCGAUGGAUCCAGCUCCGAAACCAAGCUGCUGCUGCUGGAUGAGAAAGUCACCUCACUUGAAGUCCUUCCCCCGGAGCUGCAGGCGCGAGUGUCCUCCGAGGGGCUGGUCUGCCUGCCGCACUCCCUCACACUCGGCUACUCCAGCCUGCCAGCGGAUGCGGUGCUCAAGCGCCUGCUGCCCCCCGGUGUGGACGCGCCCAGCUCCUUCGAAACCAUCGGCCACAUUGCGCACCUCAACCUGCGGGAGGAGCAGCUGCCGUACAGGGCCCUCAUCGGCGCCGUACUGCUGGACAAGAACCCGCACCUAAGAACCAUCGUAAACAAGGUUGGCUCCAUCGAGAACGAGUUCCGGGUGUUUGCGAUGGAGGUGAUUGCGGGCGAGCAGCGGCUGGAGACGGAGGUGACGCAGCACGGGGCGCGCUUCCGACUGGACUUCUCACAGGUCUAUUGGAACUCCCGUCUGGAGAGCGAGCACUCGCGGCUUGUGGGGCAGCUGCGGGCGGGGCAGGUGCUGGUGGAUAUGAUGGCGGGCAUAGGGCCCUUCGCCAUUCCCGCGGCACAGAGGGGCGUGGAGGUGUAUGCCAACGACCUCAACCCCCGCUCCGCGCACUACCUCGCACUCAACGCGCGACUCAACCGCCUGGGCGCGGGGGCAGCAGCAGGGGCGGCAGCGAACCCUAGCACUGCCUCCCAACCCAAAUCCCAGCAGCAGCAGCAAGGGCAGCAGCAGCAGGGGCAGGGGCAAUCGCAGCAGCAGCAGCUUGCCGCCCCCUGCUCCGCCUCCUCCGCGCCGCUGCAUGUGUUCAACCUGGACGCGAGGGCCUUCCUGCGGCUGCUGUGCGACACGCCGGGGGGGCUGGCGGGGGAGCUGAGGAGGCAGCAGGAGGGGGGCCAGCAAGAGGGGCAGGCAGGGCAGCAGGGACAGGAGGGAACAGGGCUGCAGCAAGCGGAGGGGCAAGACCAGCUCGCGGAGACCCAGCGGGACCAGCAGCAGCAAGGACAACAGCAGGCGGAGGCUGCCGCAGAGGCAACGGCGUCAACAGCAGCGGCCAAUGGGGAACGAGGGGAGGAUGGGGCAUCAGCACCACCGCCCCCAGCAGCUGACAACACCACCACUGCCUCGCCCACCCCCUCGCAACACCCCGCCAAACGUCAAAAACGGGCCCAACAAAAGUCCGAAGCUGCGCCCACCUCCCUCGCCUCGCUCCCCCCGCCUCCCCCCGUCCCCGCCGGCUUCCUGCCUCCCCCCGGGGGGCUGCUAUUCGACCAUGUGGUCAUGAACCUGCCCGCCAGUGCGCUGGAGUUCCUGGAUGCGUUCUCGGGGGCGUUCGACCCGGCUGUGUGGGGGGAGCGGCAGCUGCCGACGGUGCACUGCUACUGCUUCAAACGAGGCGUGGAGAGCGAGGCGGACAUCCUGGCCAAGGCCGAGCGCUACCUGGGGGGGCCCCUGGAGCCCGGCAGCGUGUCAAUACACACCGUGCGUGACGUGGCGCCCAACAAGCUCAUGCUGUGCCUUAGCUUCCCCGUGCCGCGGGAGGUGGCGUUCAAGGGGCGGCGGUAGGUGGGAGGUGGAGAGGAAACAACUAACUGUCUGUGUGAUAAGGCGUCAUCGGUAGUGGGAAGGGGUUGUUGGACAUUCCGCAUUUUGCUGGAUUGUAUGGGAGGGGUCAGAGAUGGGCCAGAACCACAGGUUAGGGCAGGGCAAUGGGGAUAGGGUGAAGCAGUUUAUGGGAGGGGGAAGUGGAGGUGGCAGCAGCGGAGGCAGCAGCUGGACUGUGACAGCAACGUCACGGGGCGUGUGAAGGAGCUGGGAGGAGGCAAAAGAGGUUGGGUUUUGACUUGAGGACUUCCGUGACGCGUGCGGCAAGGUAUGUGUGUUAUGCAAACUGGCCGCGAGGCGGAACGUACUGUGAUUGCCGAUGUGUACAAGGUGUGUGUGUUAUGAAGACUGGCCGCGCGUAGGAGCGGUGCGGUGUGUGAAGGGUGGGGUGGCGAGUGAGGCGCUACUGGGUGUCGGACCCCAUGAGUGUAUAGUACGGAUGCGGCGCUUUCUUACAUGUUGCCGUACAGUGUAGUACGUGAUGGAGGAUAAAAGGGGGAGACGUGAGGCGCGCGCGCGUACCGGUAUUGGCAGUGUUAUUACAAGCGGUAUGCCUGUACGACAUGGCAUGGCAUGCAGUCAUCGUCGUCGGGAUGGUGGGCUUCCUGAUGACGAGCUCCCAACCUGCCGUUUCCCCAGUCGAAUAAAC